AUGGUAUUGCUGUGCCCCUCGAUCAGCGCUCUCAUGAAACUGCUGAGCAUUUGUGAGUCGUAUGCGGAAGCUCAUGGCCUCAGGUACAACGCGAAAAAGAGUGAGUUGCUUGUUUUCAAGGCUGGUACUAAAUAUUACCCUGAUAUACCUGAAGUCACUCUGAGCGGCGCUCCUCUUAAAGUCGUACCGCGAUUUAAGUACCUGGGGCACUGGGUAUCCGAGUCGCAAUCAGAUGAUUGGGACAUUGAGAGGGAGCGUAGGGCGUUGGCAGUCAGAAGUAACAUGCUGAUCCGUAGGUUUGCAAGAUGUACAAAGAGUGUAAAAAUCACAUUAUUUAGGGCCUAUUGCCAAUCCUUUUACACUUGCGCCCUGUGGAUCAGCUUUACUCAAAAGGCUUACAACGCCCUACGCGUCCAAUAUAAUAAUGCGUUCAGGAUGCUGUUGGGGCUGCCGCGGUACUGCAGCGCGUCAGGGAUGUUCGCCGAGGCACACACUGAUGGAUUUCAUGCCAUCAUGAGGAAGCGAGUAGCCUCCCUGAUGCGGCGGGUGCGUGCCAGCACCAACGGCCUCCUGACCACUAUAGCAGAGAGAGUAGACAGUCCGCUGCUACGAUCUUUGAUGUGUGCACAUGUUAUGCCGUGUAAAUGGGCGGCUAAAUAA